UGCAGAGUGCACAGGACUUGGAGGCUCAAGCCGAGUCAGCAGGUCUCACACACGCUUGCGUGUGUACGUACGGGCUGAAACUUUCCUAGAGACACACUCACACACUCUUCCCUCCUCCUGCUCUCCUCUUUCUCUUCACCCCUCCUCCAGCACACCUUUGUGUUGUUUUCCUUGCCCCUCUUCCUCUCCCCUCCCUCUUCAGCCUCACUAGUUUUCCCUCUGCUCUGUCCGAUGUGCUCAGACUGUGGUUAGUGCGCGAGCUGAAGGCGUACAGGGGGAGAUGCUGCUGAUGCUACAGCUGUUUGGGCUCCAUGUCUCCUUCAGGGCCCUCUGAAGAAGACAAGACUGCACGUGAGCCGGGGAACUUCAACACAACACUCUGAGGAAGCUACAACUGGCACUUUUUAACAGUGUUCUCCUCACUAGCCAGUUGCAUUUUUCAAGUCUCUGGAAUUAAUUGAGCUUUUGAAGAUUUAGAGGAAGAAAAGAAAACAAUGAGGACCAAGUUGUGUCAUCUGCUUGCACAGCUCUUUCUCUUAGGAGUCUUGCUAUCUGUGGUGGACAGUAAAGGAACUUUCUAUGGAGGCCAUGUCAACCCUUUCUAUGGAAAUAGAUACAACCUGUACAAGGCUGGACUCAACCCUCACCACUCACCAAACAAGCCCAUGACCCGUCACAAAAACUACUGUGCUUAUGUGGUCCAGAAGAACAUCACAUGCACCAUGCAGGACGGAGUGGCCACCUAUGUGAAGGCUGACUACACCACCAAGUGCAUCUGGGGUCAGAAGUGUCCGGUUGUCAUGUACAGGACAAUCUACAAGCCAAAGUACAAGGUGGGUUUUAAGACGGUGACCGAGCUGGAGUGGAGAUGUUGUCCCGGCUAUUCUGGAGAAAACUGCUACGAUGGACCCACGUCGCUGCCUGACGUCAUGACACCUUUCAAGGGUGGGGGCUCGCCGCAUCGCCCGGGGAUGAGGGGCUUCCCUCAUGGCCCCAGACCCCCUGUGGACCAGAGGCCUGGAGGAGGCCAGUUGGAGCCUGGCAAACCUGUCCCCGGUGUGCCUGACAGCAGACCAAUACCCACAGGACAGUUUCCUGCUGGGAGCGGAAGACCAAACUAUGGAAACAAAUUUGGGAUUUCUGGAGUGACUGGUGAACGCUUGGACCGUAUGGAGGAGGACAUGCGUCGCCUCACCCAGGGUCUGGACACUCUCAACGGGAUGGUGGCUGGCCUUGAGGAACGACUGCGCACAUCUCUUCGGGAGGACACCAACAAAAUCCUGGUGUCCCUGCUACCCAAUGCUCCCCGUGUGCCUGACUCUGCAGUGGGAUUUGGGGUGAUCCCAGAUGGGACUCCUGAUGGACUGGACGGAGGAGAGGGCUUCAUUGGAUUUGGAGACUUAGCAGGGAGGGUGACAGAAGUGAAGGAUGAGCUACGAGCCAAAACUCUCAUCUUAGAGGAGAUUCAGGGGAUGGUCCUAGGUCAUGAUGGCCAGCUGAAGAAGCUGUUGGAAGGAGCUAAAGGCAGGCCCAUCCCUGGCCCUGGCUCAACUGGUCAUCUGGACGAGAUCCUGGACGCCAAGCUGGCUGACGUGCGAGCUGAGAUCCUGGAUGGGUUUGAGCGCCGUAUCACCGGAUUGGAGAGCCACUGUGAUGAGAAGAUUGGGGCAGUGCAGAACCAGUGCCACAAGGAGCACAUGGAUGGGCAGGAGCAGAUGCAGCAGUCUUUGGAUGGACGAGAGACUGGGCUCAGGGAGGAGUUGGGCUCUUUGCAGGCUCAGAUCCAGGGUCUAACUCUUACUGAGAGCUGCUGUGGACAGGUGAACAGUCUGUCCCACCGUGUGCUGCUGUUGGAGGAAUCAGUUAAAGGUCUGACAGAAUCUCAGAGACAGCUCCAGACUGCCCUCACUGACCAGAGCAUACAUGUGGAGACACUGAUCGAGACCCGCCUGGUGGACAUAGAGGGCCGCCUCAACGCCACAGAGGGCGGACCUGAUGGAGUCGCAGGGCUCCCGGGUGGUCUUGAUGGCUUCAAGACCAUGCUGGAGGACAAGCUGAAGACCCUGGAGGAGAGAGUGUUUGUGGCUGUUGAGGAGCUGAGUAAUGCCACCGCUCCGGCACUCCUGGAGGGUCAGGUGGUCCCUGCACUGGAGACGGAGAUCGAGUCUGUGAGGCGGAGAGUGGAAGGAGAGCUGGAUGGCAUUCAGAAACAGUUAAUAGAUCUGGAGCUCCUCUGCACCUCUUCUUGCUCGCCUUCCACCCCGCCAGCAGGGGGUGUCAGUGGCACUACAGUGGAGGAGGAGUGUGAGGAGAUAGAGAAAAAGAUGACUGACCGCCUGAACUCCCAUUCUAACCAGCUGGACCGCCUAAACAACACCCUGCAGAACCUGCUCUUCCAUAUCGCCCAGGAGGACAUUGAGGGCACCGUCCAAGGAGAGAUCACCCUGCUGAAGGUCAACAUCAACUCAGUGAACCGCACUCUGAAGGGCCUAAAGGACUCUAUUAGAUCCAUUGCAAGUGAAGUGGGCCAUGCUAAUGCCUCCUGGGAGCAGAGAGAGCACCAACUAGUCAACCAGGUGCAAGGAAUCACCAAACUAGUGGGCCACCAAACCUCCCUCCUGGGGGCAGGGGAAAGGCGGCUGGCCCAGCUGAAGGGAGAGUUAGCGGCCUUGAAGAGACAGCUGGCCGGGGAGCUGCAGGGCUGCCGGAGCACAGCGAUAGAAGUACAGAAGGAGGUGAAGGACGUUGAUAGCAGGGUGAGCCAUGUAGAGGGCCAGUGCAGCAGCCUGGGGGAGCUGGCAGAGCAGCUGGAGAGGAUCAGGGCAGAGCUUGAGAGACACUCAGACUCCUAUCUGGCCGAGGUGAAUGGCACCCUGGCUGCCCAUUCAGAACAGCUAGCUGAGCUGAAAGGGGGGGUCAAAGACUGCAACAAGGAAGCAGCCAACCAAAAAGGAGACCAGUAGCACCUCAGCUACAGAAUUUAUUUCAAAAAAAGAGACUUAUGUGUGCUUCUCAUUAGGCUCAAGUGACUUCCUCUGCUUCUCUCCUCUCUCUUUCAAAUCCCAUUUGCACAGAUGCAAAUUAACUGGACUGGUGAAAGUUAUUUCCCAUAAGCUUCCCCGUCCCAGUGGUUCCGGAUGUCCUGGGUAUUUAGUUUAGUGAAGUGAGGAGAAGAAGACACAGAAUACAAAGACACACCUAUGGUUGUAUAGCUGGGCAAUAUUUUCCCUUGAGAUUUUAUUCUAUAGGGCAUUUUGUUUCUUUCUCUGAUCAUGAUUGUUUUGUUUCCACAUUUUAUCUUUUUUAACUUAUAUGAAGUGACUGCAUUCUUAUGAUGUUAAACUGUUUGUAACAGAGAAAUGAUUAAACAAAGUGGAUGAUAUGGGACUAAUGCGCUGCUACGGGUUUCUACUGACAAGCACACUUGACAUCCUCAGUGUGGACACUUUGUCUGGUCUUUUUGAGAAGAAAAAGAUACUGUACGUCAAUUUGGUGCUAUUUACAGUUUUGUAAACUUCUGUUUUACACACAUGUAAAAAAAAACAAACAAAAUAUAUAUGUAUUUCUGCUUUGA